CGGCAGGCAGCCGCAAAUUAGAUAGGCGCGACGCGCACCGACGUCCUCCGAACGCUGUGUGACCUGCACAAGUACUGUCGCAGCCGUCUUCAUCGAGCGCGGGCGCAGCCAGCGCCACGGAUAGACGCAUAGUGCAGUGCAGCAAAAAAGAGCACAGCCCCACAAAAAUCUAAAACUCCGCCGCGCGCGACGCAGCGCUGCCAAAGAAGACAUCAAACAAAAACGAUGGCCGACGACGACCUCCUCGCGCCGCCGUCCCAGAUGCCGCCGCCCGCGCCGGUGCUGCCCGUCCCGGUGGCGCCGCCGCUACAACAUCAGUGGGGCGCCGUCGCGCCGCAGCUGGCGCCGUUGGGGGCACCGAUUACGACGGACGAAGCCUUGCGACAGCUGGAAGGCGAAGAAGAUCGAAGAGCGAGACCUCGAAAACCGAGUAUUGGCGGGAAAUGGACGCCCGAAGAAGAUCAAAAAUUACUCAAGAUAGUGGAAGAGCACGGCCCGAAGAAGUGGAAGCGCAUUUCCGAACUCUUAGGUACUGUCAGGACGGACAUCCAGUGCUUGCAUCGGUGGACCAAAGUGAUAAAACCGGGCCUGAACAAGGGCCCCUGGCUCCAGCAGGAAGAUGAUUUAGUACGGGCAGAAGUGCAGCGCAUGAAGCGCGAGUCCGCCGAGGGCGUCGUGAAGUGGGCGCAGAUCGCCGCGAGCCUCAACGGCGUCGCAGGCAAUGGUAGUACGAGGCUCGGCAAGCAGUGUCGCGAGCGGUGGUUCAACCACUUGGAUCCUACCUUGAAGAAGGGCGACUGGGAGGAAUCGGAGAACGCUACGCUGCUGAAACUGCAGAGGCAACUAGGUAAUAGGUGGUGCGAAAUAGCGAAAGUACUUAAGGGGAGGUCAGAGAACGCCAUAAAAAACAGGUGGAACUCGUCGGCGAUGAAGCGCUACGUCGCCGCCGCCGCGGCGGCGUCGGGCCAGCCCAUACCACCACCUGCUCCCGCGCGGAAGCGGAAGGCGCCCGCGCCACAACCGGUUGCGGUGCGGGCGCCGUCGCCGAUACCGUCAGCUACUGUGGUGGAUGGCGUCGACGGGUUGGUGGCGGUGUUGAGUGAUGCGUCCGUCUUCCCGACGGUGUCUCUACAACUGGUCAAAACGCUCGUCGGGCCCAUACAUUUAAAUGAUGAGCAGAAGCGUCGGAUUUUACAAGCCUGCGAGCGGCGGCUGAACGAGGACGAGGCGCCUACCCGCAGUUCUGUGGUGCGGCAGCUCCGCGAGCUGCUCGCGCCGGCGGCCGCGGUCGCUGCUUCAUAGCUCUUGUGUAAGUUCCCUUUUUCUCAA